AGCCUGCUCACAAACUCUCGUAGAGCGCGCAGCCAAGCUACGCCUACGACCAAGCUUCCUGAGUAAGACCCAACAGAGGAUCAGAGAUGGCGUCCAUGAUGGGAGGAGACUUCGUGGAGGCGUACGUGCUCAAGAACGCCUACAAGGAGAAGCUCCGGCGCAUGGAGGCUGCCGAGGAGAAGAAGACCAGGCAGCAGGGCUCCGGGUCUGCGGAGAGGAAGGCCUCGGGAAGCAGAGGCGGCAGCAGGGAAGGAGGGCUGUUCGGGCUGAUGAAGAAGAAGGUGCACCCCAAGGCGGCCGCGUCGAGCGAGGCCGACAGAGCUUCUUCUUGAUCCAGCCGUCGGAACAUCUGCUGCGCCACCAUUGCCGGUCGAGUCGAUCGGCCAUGGUGAGGCGAACCAAGAAUUGUUGAAAGAUAGUAUGGCUUGCUAGGAUUUGCAGCCUUGUUCGUUCGUUCUUUCUUUCCUGACUGCCGAGCGUUUGUUACUCGCUUGAUGAUGUGAGUCAUGCUGUUUCAUUUGUUACUCAAUGUAAGUUACGUGAAUGGCAAAAAAAAAAAAGAAUUGUAAAAGCUGCUUCCAAAAAAAUUAUGCUUGUCCCAUGUGUUUUCUUCUUUACAA